AUGGAGCCCUACUGCCGUCGCGUGUGCGAGUGCAGUGCAGCCUUGGAUCCGGCGUGGAACCGCAACAGUCCGCCCGGGCGCCCAGCCUUCGGGCCGGAGACGCUCCAGACGAGCAACUACUCUCUGGUGCUACUGAUCCAGCUCAGCCUGCUCUCCUUCGACCUCUUCGUGAACUCCUUCAGCGAGCUGCUGAGGGACGAGCAGGCGGUCCAGCUGGUGCUUUUCAUAAUCCAGGACAUCGGCAUCCUGUUCAACCUGAUCAUCAUUCUGCUGAUGCUGUUUAACACCUACGUGUUCCAGAUCGGCCUGGUCGCCAUAUUGCUGGAGCGGUUUAGAGCUGCGUUAAUGCUCUCUGCCCUCUACUUGACCUUCAGCAUCAUACUCCACUCCUGGCUCAUGAAUCUACGUUGGCUGAAAACCAACAGGUUUAUUUGGACGGACGGCCUUCAGGUGCUGUUUGUGUUCCAACGAGUCGCCUCCGUGUUGUACUACUACUUGUACAAGAGGACGUCGGAGUACCUGGGGGACCCUCGGCUCUACGAGGACUCGCCGUGGCUCCGGGAACUGUUCGCUCGGGUCAGACAGUGA